CGCCAAAGGGCCACGCUCGGCAGACCGUGGAACGUGUCCAGUCAGCUAUUCAGCCGUGGACCGAUAUCCCAGGCAUAUCCCCUCUUAGAGCCGAGUUUCAGUGUCGCCGCCGUGGAGCGAGCAGCCGAGUGCUUAAUGAGCGCAGACAAGCGUUGAUCAUCGCUGUUCAACGAUUUUCUUUUCAUUUUCCGUCCGAUUGUCUAUCCCACUGAAGCGACGCGUUUUCAGUGCGGCCACCGUCGUCCCCCUCUUUUUCGUUUCACACGUCGUACAGCCCUGAAAAAGAUCCGCUUGUUUUUCUAUUGCCACCGUCGAUAUUCGAUUAGCGUUUUGCUUCGCGUUUCGAAUGCGCUCCUCCAAUCCUAUCGGUGACUCUCUGUGAUCGUUUCGUUCGUGGCCUAAUAUGCGCUCUGUGUGUGUGUCGUUCUUGUAUUAGAACGCGUUGAGAAAUACGAACUCAUCCGCCGGUUAACCGCACCAAAGUUCCUCCAUUCGACGCAUCAAUUGCAAGAGAAAAGGAGGGACCUUUUUCACGUCAACUGUAUUUUUGUUUUUUGUUUUUUUUCUAAAUAUACGUGCACCAGUUAAUGAACGGAAAAGCAGCUGAAGACACACGACGAUAAAGAGGAAAACGAGACUUGUGUUGAGUGCCGGCGAAAGAAGAAAACGGAAGACAGUGAUUUUUGUUUGUUUUUACCUUGGCAUACAGCAUCACGGUCGAUUGGCGCAGUGAUUGACUCUUUGUCACCCGAGCGAUUAGCGUGUGCACGCAGAGGCAAGCGCGUGCGCGUGCAAAACGUCACCACACCAUCACGCUUCAACAGCUAGUGACAAACAUUCAAAUCAGCAUCUGCUGUUGCAGACUCAUAACCAUCAAAUUUAUCCACUCGACCGGGGGGCUUAAUCAUCCCCCAACCCCCUUUCCAUUCUGCGUUCAUUCAUUUCUUUGUCACCAAGUCGUACCCCCCCAAAGCCUCCAAAAUUCAAGCCUUCAGCGAAGCCAGCAUGCCGCACAAAGCUGAUUUUUGUUUCCACCAUUCAGGGCAUAGCGGCGUCAAUCAGCUGGGUGGAGUUUACGUCAACGGCCGACCGCUGCCGGACUCGACCCGACAGAAGAUCGUCGAGCUGGCCCACUCUGGUGCCCGGCCGUGCGACAUCUCGCGCAUCCUCCAGGUCUCCAAUGGAUGCGUCUCUAAAAUACUCGGAAGGUAUUACGAGACGGGGUCGAUAAAACCACGUGCCAUCGGUGGCUCGAAACCUCGAGUGGCUACAUCUUGCGUGGUCACUAAAAUCGCCGAUUACAAGCGAGAAUGUCCAUCCAUCUUCGCCUGGGAGAUUCGCGAUCGUCUGCUAUCCGAAGGCGUUUGUAACAACGACACCAUUCCUAGCGUUUCUUCGAUCAAUCGGGUGCUAAGGAAUUUGGCGGCGCAGAAGGAGCAGCAAUCGGCUGCGGCGGCCAGCGAGUCGGUUUACGAUAAAUUGCGCAUGUUCAACGGGCAGGCUGGCGGAUGGGCGUGGUAUCCAGGUGCUCCGCCUCCAACCCACCCGGCUCUAACUCUGCCUCACGGUCACGUUCCGACUACACCGAUACCGAGCGGCGGGCAUCACCUGAUUCGCGAUGAUCCGCACAAAAGAGACUGCAACGAUGGCAACAUCUCCGACGGCAAUUCUGACUUGCACAACUCAUCGGGCGAUGAAGAUCCUCAGAUGCGGCUGCGACUCAAGAGGAAGUUGCAGCGCAAUCGCACUUCGUUCACCAACGAACAAAUUGAAAGCCUCGAAAAAGAAUUUGAACGGACUCACUAUCCAGAUGUUUUCGCCCGUGAACGACUCGCUGAAAAAAUUGGUCUACCUGAGGCUCGUAUUCAGGUAUGGUUUAGCAAUCGACGGGCCAAGUGGCGGCGGGAAGAAAAAUUGCGCAACCAGCGCCGUGGACCCGAAUCGACGAGUGGCAGUGGCAGUAGCGUAGGCGGCGUUGGCUCGUCUUCGUCGGCGGCGGCUGCAGCCGCAGCUGCCGCCGCGGCCACGGGCCGUCUCAACAGCAUCAAUUCGGGCCUCAACAGCAUGUACCCGAGCUUGAGUCAACCUCUUGCAUCCAUGGCGGAACCUUACAGUUCAAUGGCGACAUCGCUAAGCACGAUGGGCGGAAUGGGAGGUAGUUGCGGUCUUCAACAGCGUGAUCCAGCCACGGCGGCCGCCUAUCCGUCUUACAUGUUUGCCCAUCACGGUGGCGAUCCGCUCAGCUCGUUGCAGUCGUCGUACAAUCAACAUCAACGUGCGGCAGCCGCGGCCGCCGCUUGCAGCGCUGCCCAGGCCUCGUCGGCCGCUUCGGCUCACAGUUACGCUGCCGCCAGCAGCGCUCACGCUCAAACAGAUGCUGUAUAUCGUUUAGGUGUCAUUUCGGCUGGCGUCUCGGUGCCCUUGCAGAUACCCAGCCAUCAGGGAUCCGACAUUGCGGCUAACUAUUGGCAUCGUCUCCAGUAAUCUUGGCUGGAGGACAUCAUCGCACCGACUGUCUGACGAUUCCAAAUUCUGAGCGAAAAUAGUUGUGGAUUGCAGAGUAGGCAAGAAUAACUAGACACCCAUUUCAUUCUUUGUUAUGUUUUCUUGGAACAGUUUGCGCGCGUUUUUAUUUUUCAUUUUCUACUCGUUUCGUUCGCACCCAAUUUCUUCUAUUAUUAUUAUUUAUGCGUUGGCAAUUUGCGAGCUAUACUUGGCUCGUUCGACGUGUUUUCAAAAACUCUAGUGUUCGAUUUUGUCAGCGUUUCUGAUACACGCCCCGAGCUCUACGCGUAUUUAGAUUCUUUAAGUAAACGAUAUUAUUGGUGAAUGAAAAAUAACCCAAAACUUUGCAAAACAUUUUUUUUGCUUACUGCCAUUAUUAUUAUUUUUUUUUUCAUCGUUUCGUUGUUAUUCCCCUCCGCUGGUCACGCCCUCGUUACACACUAUACAAGGUGUUGUAUCAGGCAUUUGUGACAGCGAGAUAGACUUUCCUCCAGUGGUUGUGUCCAGGAUGAAUUUUCAUUACUAUGUUCGUGCGGAUCCUUUUUUUUUUUUUUCUUUCAUAAGAAUAGAUCUAAUAUACAUAUUAUACAGUACAUAACCUAUACAUCCCAUAAGGCUACCAUUCAUAUUGAUACAUAUAGGUGGCAAGUGGGCAGCAUUUCUCCGUUUGCCGUGCGUUUUUUUGGAACUCUUUUUUUGUUUUUUUGGCAUUCUAUUAUUCUAUUACUAUCGAUGAUCUAUUGAAUAAUGAGUUGAUUUUCUUUAUUUGGAUGUCCAUCGAUCAUUGGAUUGAUCACUCUGAUUGUCUAUUCAAUAUUUCAUUUCUAUCAUCUCAUCGACCCAAAUCCGCGUGAUUUCGUUUCUCUGUUUUUCUUCGCCUGUGUGUCUGUGUACAUUUGGUCGACUGCCAACAUGUAUUUAUAUGGUCGUAUAUUUAGUUCCCUUUUUAAUCUUUGGGACACAGCGUUGUAAACUACCCAAUUAUCAUGCUGGCUAUCGAAUGAAUAGCGUGUCAGGUAUGACACAUCGAAUACGUUUCUUCCACGAGCUCUCACCUCCCUUUCAUACGAUACGUUUCUCGAGAAAAACAAAUUUAAAAAACAAAACAAAACAAACUAUAAAACGUAGGUAGUGAAAUCGACAAAAUAAAGUCGGUUGUUUAUUUUACUGCGUCGAAUCAAAUGCUUUCGCCUGAUGUUCAUCCGAUUUAAUCGAAAUUCUUUGGUUUCCCAGCUAGCCCCGUGGACUAUUUGUUUUUUUUACCGUCUACAGUUUUCUUUCAAAAUGCCAUUUUAUGUUCAUUUGCAUUUGUUUCGUUUGUUCCUUUUUUUUAUCCUCACUGCCCCCCCAGAACCCGGCUCGUUGUGUUUACAAGUUGCUCUUCAACAUUUCCUAUUCCGACACUAUUUCGUAUACAUCACUUUCUUCAUUCUCUGUCCCAUUCCAUCUUUCGUCUUUGUUGUCUCUCGGUGUGUCAAUACAAUUUAUAUGGCUUGAAAAA